CCAUUCUUUGUGCAUCAUUCCUUCUCCCUCAUCAACAUCAACAACAACAACAACAACAACAACAACAACAACAAGAACAACAACAAUAACAAUAACAAUAACAGCAACAACAACACCUUCUACCUGUCCAUUUUUAAGCACCACCCCCAAUGGAGAACAUGUUCAACACCGACUCGGGGUUCAGACCCCCGUCGCCCCUGACCUUCUCUUCCGCACCUGGCCACAGUCUCUUUGGCGACGCCCUUGGAUACGAAGACUUCCGCUUCCCGAACCAGGACUUUCUCAACAUGCCCGCUUCUCCGGGUCUAUCUUCAUCCACAUUGCCGCCGCCACCGUUGCCCCCGGGAGUCGCAGGGCCAGGUGCAAAUAACAUCCCCAACAUGAUGAUGAUGAUGGCCAACGACCCCUCCAUGAACCUCUUCAACCCCUCGGAGCAACGCUAUUUCUCAGAAUUCCUCGAUACUUUGGUUGUCGACCAGGACUUCACAUUCGACCCAAGCGCUAUACCCAACCUACCGAACCUGAACCUCUUCUCUCAGGACGCGCUGAUCCCUGGUGGGUUCCAUCUCGAUGCAAACAGUGCCUACGCGCCAAAUCCACAACAAAUGCAGCAUCAUCAUCAACAACAACAGCAACAGCAGCAGCAUGGGAUGGAUUUAGAUAUGUCUGCUUCGUACAGCAACGUCGACAACGCGCAAGACCAGGGGCAUCCGCAGCCGAUUUCUAUCCCUGCGAAAAGAACAAAGACCAACAAGGCCACGACAACUGAAGGACUUGUCUCUCGCAAGGGUACUCCAAUCUCGAACACCGACACAGCCACAACCCUCAAUCGCCACCACCAUCACAAGAUCGCAACACCCAUCCACCAGCUGUCCAAGCUGUCCCUCGAAAACAAUCAAGCGAAUUACCAGCCAGGCACUGCUCCUAAUGGACCAUUCAGGGCCAAAAAGAAUAAGCGCGAGCAGCAGGAGGAAGGAGACGGGCCUCAGAGGGAAGGCGAAGAAGAAGACGAGGAUGUCGAGGACGAAGAAGGAGAUGAAGCGGACAGCAAGAUGACGGAUCCUAUUCAGGCGGGCAGUACUGUGAAGAACGGCAAGAGUACCAAUAGUCAUCAUCAUCGGUCUUCGACGUCCUCUACAGCCUCGUCAUCUCUGUCCCGCUCACAGUCGCAGCCGCAACAACCAUCAUCAAACCGGCAAGACUCAGUAUCGGACGAAUACACCUCAGACGCCGCCACUGCUGCAACAGCGGCGUUCAACUCGAACGGCACUAGCACCACCAACGAUAACAACUCCUCAGUGACAACAGGAGCCGCAGCAUUGACCUCGACCUCGACCGCAAGACGCAAGCCCUACAAGGAGCUUUUGACCGAGGAAGAAAAGCGUGCGAACCACAUUGCCUCAGAACAGAAACGCCGCAACACGAUCCGCAACGGCUUCAAGGACAUGACGGAAAUCAUCCCGGAUCUGAAAGACGUCAAUAGCUCAAAGUCGACGAUCCUGUUCAAGGCCGUAGACUUUAUUAAACACCUCGAGCGCAGGAACAGGAUUUUGCAGGAGAAGGCCAAUCAGCUCGAAGCGAGGAUGCAUCUUCAGCAGCAGCAGCAGCAACAACAACAACAACAGAGGGGUUCAAUGCGUCCGUCGCAUCAUAUUCAACAUCUGCAACAGCAACAGCAACAACAACAACAACAUCCGCACCAGCACCAGCAACAGCAGGGGCACCCACUUGGUGCGAUGCAUUACACGCAGCAACACCACCAUCACCAGCAGCAACAACAGCAACAACAGCAACAGUCGUUGCAUCUACACUCUUCUCACCAGCUUUCGUAUCAUGCUUCCUCGAGCAUGGACGAUAAGCGGCUACAGGAGAUCCCUAACAUUUAUCCCGUUGCUAUUAGUCGGUAG